AUGGAAGGCGGCCUCUGCCACUGGUAUGGACUUGCAGAGCCUGUCAGGAUAACCAGAACAGCAACAGGAAAUCAGAAUGGCAAAUUCCCCUUCUCCCUUGACCUGCUGUGCUUGUUUGAGGGAGAAAGGAGAAAUCAAGGCCAUACAAAGCCAGACCCAGGAGCACACACCAUCAGGUUUUGUAGCCUUUUCCAGGCUUCAUCAGAAUACAAAGGGAGCGAAAUUACUCAAGGCUGUGCUGAGAGAGCUGCAGAAGUUUGGGAAAUUGUCAUUAUCAAAACUCAGGCAGGAAAGCCACCUCAUCUUCACACGACCUGCCAGGAAAUACAGCUGACCAGAGAAUUAACCCUGCCCAGGACCGGUGCAGCAGAGCUACAGGCUGCAAGGGGAACAAGGCACCAGGGUCACAAAAACAACACAGUGAAGCCAUCAGCACCCAACAUCUCCCCUCAUCCCCAGGUAAAGAUAUUUUCUGCUUUCUUCUGUGUGAACACACCAUUCCUUGGGUACAAAAUGCCCCCACCACAGCAGCUCCAGCUUUUUUUCCUCUCCUUUGUUCAUUAUUUUUUACAACAGUUGAAAAGAGUGAACAAAAUCAAUACAAAAAUAUAUUACACUGGCACUAAACACUGGCCAGCCACUUGCACUGAUUAGACAAAACGUGAUACAGUGAAUUUGAGUUUCACUGGGAAUCUAAAACUUAAAUGGAUGGAAAAUUGUGGUGAUGCAUUCUUUAUUUUCACUUGUUUGCAAAAAAAAAAAAAAAGCCAUAACUUUAUCAAACAUUAUGAACACUUUCACUGCUGACAACCCUCUUCAAACAGCAACUACUGUAAUUUCCCCCACAUUUACAUAAUACUGGCUGAUUAAGCUGACAGAAUUUUCUUUGCUGCUUGCUGCAGAAAUCAAAAAUAAAAACACAGUGUUAGCAAUGGUUUGCCCUCCUAAGAUUUUCACGUUGGAGUGUAAGGAAGAGUGAAAUGGCUAACCUGAAGCAGAUUAGAGCCUUAGAAUAGUCUCCUCAAUUACUAAUCCCCUCAUCCUAGCAGAUUUAGGGGCUGCAGCCCUGCCUGAAGAGAACCACUGGAUUCCCUCUUCCUUCACAACCCUCACGAAAUUACAGCCUCUUACCCUGAUCAUUUAUUUCUCAGAGGAGCUACAAAGCCUCAAGGCCUGAAUUGUCUGGCUGUUACAUGAACACAGCUCUCCCCUGGGUUAUUGCAAUGUAUUCCCCUGUGUUAUUUCAUUUAUUAUUUUCAAUAUAUUCCCAUGUUAUUUCAAUGUAUCCCCAUGUAUGUCAUUUAAUGUGUUAUUUUCAAUAUAUUCCCAUGUAUUUAUUUCAAUGUAGUCCCACGUAUAUUAUUUCAUGUAUUGUUUUCAGUGU